AUGGCUGUACCAUGGAAUUCCAUGGGUAUGCCACCAUCUGACGCCGAUCACGACAAGAUCGUUGUUGGUCCCUACGACGACUCUAGAUACACGGCAUCAUCAUCCGGCCUUAGUUAUAUCCGACAUCCUUCCUCACAGCCUACCAACUCUACAGCCCGUCUAAUUCCUCAACCUCUUCUCUCGCCGCCCAUCGCAAGGGUAUCACCUGGCCCAAGAAGCCCUUCAAGUCCGCUCAGUCCAGCCAGUUUCCAAUCUCUCAACAGUCCCUCGAGUCCUGGAUUUCCUCUCAGUCCUUUCUACCCGCCGAGUCCAGGCCCAUUACAGAGGGGGCAAUUCCCUAAUUCUCCUACCAGCGAUGGCUUCAGCUCACCACGCAUGUCUGGCGCAACAGCCGCCACAGACCCUCGAGUAUCGAUGAAGGCAUCGAACAUGAUGGAAACAGUUCUCGAGACGCCUUACUUUGAUACGCCGCCUCAUACACCUGGAUCGUGGGGCGAUGCAAGCCGUGGAACCGAUAAUUUAGACGCUACAGAGGUGCCCCUCAACAAUGGCUGGAGACCUUGGUGGUUGCGCAGAAGAGUGACCAGCAUAUUCAUUGGCGCAUCUAUGAUGUUGGCUGUAAUUGGCGAGGUAGUGAUGUGGUGGCUCUCCAAUAAUGAAGUUGACAGCAGCCUCAAGGGUCUGUGGACUUUUGGACCCGUUGUUGUUGUUUCUAUCAUGGCCAUUCUAUGGGCACGAGUCGAAGCUCAAGCAUUGCUUUAUAUGCCAUGGAUUGUACUCGAUCGCCGACCAACGACUGUUGACGAAACUCGCCGUAAGCAAGCUCACCGAACUAUUCUGCUCGACUAUCCUAGCCUCAGGAGCUUCCAAGCAUUAACUAAAGCAUUUCGAAACCGCCACCAUCUCGUCGUUGCAUCUAUCGUUAUCAAGCUUCUCCUGCGUGCUCAGAUCGUUCUUUCUACGGCCGUCUUUCACGCCGAGAUAUAUGUCGAUAGCACUACCAGACUCCGAGCCAGGCUUGGUGUCUUACAUGCUAUGGUUGGCGUCUUCCUCAUCAUCUCUGGCGUACUUCUUCCCAUGUUGUAUCAUGCACCAUCCCCUCGAGGUAUUGCGCCUCGAGACCCUACUUCUCCCGCCGGAACUGCGGCGCUUCUAACAAGUAGCCAGCAAUUUCUCUCGCGACUAUCCGGAACUGGACAUGCGGAUAUGAAUGCUGUUGCUAGUAGGUUGGCAGGCUCAUGGUAUACCACGGAACUCACACAACCCGGACGUCGACCUGAGGAAAUGUUUCAGCUGAGACAGCAUGGUGGAGGAAGUGGUGCCCUAGGCAUGAACCCUUCCAACCGACCUGAGGAGGCCACGGGGACAUACCAGCCAUGGACACAAGUCACCCGAACCAAGCUCAUCAGUAUUGCUAUUUCUGUUGCGUUGAUUGUUGGAAUCUGUGUCAUUUAUAACUUGAAAGGAAACGAGAAUGGCCUAGAAGUCGAUGAUAGCAUAUUCAUUGUUUGGACCUGUCUACCAACCAUAAUUUUUGCAGCUCUCGCCGUCUUCUGGACCCGAAUCGAUAUUGACAACCGACGCCUGGCCCCGUUCUUGAAGCUCACCGACUCGAAAUGCCGAUUUCAGGAAUCUUUGGGGCUGACGUACAUGAACGAAUUUGGUCUGCACACAGCUGGAAAGGCCAUGAAGAACCAAGAUUGGGCCGUUUUCCUGGCUAAGUGCACCUCGAUGCUUGGCUGGCUGAUGCCAAUAUUUACUGCGGGACUGUUUGCUGUUUCUCAGAUGGCACAAAGGGCCAACCUUGAGCUUCGACCAGAGUCGCAGUUUGUAUCGACAACGAAAUCGCUAAGCACCGCCAUCGAUAGCGAUACGAUCGAAAAUGUGAUCCUGAGAGAAACUCCCAAGUACCCGAGAUGGACGUGGGAGGAUGUCGCUCUCCCAGAGGUUUCGCUUGUCGAUCACCCAAGCGAGUGGCCACUUCCUAACACAGAACUUGUGGCCACAGUCCCGAGCCUCAGGGGCAAGCUCACUUGCGAGACGAUAUCUCUUUAUGGAGGCGAGGGUGUGAAUUGGCAAUGUGUACCAUUGGGAGGAUCCACGAAGCAGCCCAUCUGCGGAUCUGAUCAAUCUCGAACUGCACUUGUUGCGUCUUCAUGCUCACAACUCUCUUCCAAAUACUCCCUCAAGUAUAUUUGGGGUAGCUGUUCAGAUGACGGUAUGAUUUCUGUCAUGAUGUGCAAUCAAUCGAUUGUCGACGUUGAUGUCUUGACAACAUUCCGCACUGAGGACCUGUCCAUCAACACGAAUGCUAUUCCCAUUGUGAACGCAUCGAGUGAGACGCCUUCGGAUGUGACGGCGGAUAUCACGAGUGUUUAUGAAGCACUCGAUAACGUUGGUGCUGAUAACAAAACCAUGAACGGACUCGAUGCAUUCUUUCGUACUUUGGUGCUCUCGAGGUUGCAGACAACUUUGGAGCGUAUUGCGAUGCCCGAGAGACAGAAUUCAGUUUCUCAAGCGAUCCGCCAACUGCAUGGAAUUCUUGCUGCGCAGGCGUUCAAUAGUGACUUGAUGCGGCGGCCCUUGUCAUCUAAGCUCCGUGCUCGUGAUGGUUCUCCAACCGAUAUUCCAGCCUCGGUUGAUUAUGUUCUCCCGCGUCUGAUGCAGGGAAGCGUGCAAAGCUUUGUCCUCAUCGGGUUACUAGGCUUUACGCUCGCAUUCGGACUCCUUUCGCUACGGACGGCAUCUCGGGGGACUCUGAGCAAGAGCCCUGGUAGUAUUGCCGCUCAAGCAAGUCUUCUUGCAGACUCAACACUGUGGUGGCGCUUACCAGACGGAGCAGAAUGGAUGGAAGAUGACGAUUUAGCGCGAUGCCUUCGUCGAAGGACGUUCCAUCUCGGAUGGAGUAAGGGGGCCGCGGGAACCCGAAGCUACGGUAUCGGGAUCGUGCAGGACGAAGGAAAAGCAGCGAGGCCACCAAUGGUCUCGCAAACAAGUGCUGAUAAGAGCGGGGGAAUGGUUCCUGGGCGAUACAUUAGUAUGGCGCCUGGGGUAUACUCUUAUGGGGAUGUUGCGACAUAUGAAAAGUCGUGA